CCACUCAUUCAACAUCCCCUAUCAGCAGACAAUAAGCGCGCGUCUAGGCUGGGACUCGCGGGCAGGGGCAAUACAACACUCCCUAUAUUUGUGAUGGAAUUGGCCUUCACUGCUUUCAGAUUGACUUGUUAGCGUGUAAUAGGCAGUGCUGUGUGUCCGGUGGGAUCUGCCGACAUCUGCAUCCGCGGACCGCGGCGAAUUCCUCCACCGCGCUACGCCGGGGAAACAGAAGCCGCGUCGACCGCCCGCCCACUCGCCCGCCCCUCUACCGUGAGGCACCGACAUCAUGAGCCAGAGGUUCACGGUGACCGCUUUCUCCAAGAGUGACGGCGACCGCUGCACGGCAGACAUGCAGGGCGAAGUGAACCAGCUGUUCGAAGGGGAUGAACCCACGCCGGGCGCAUCACACCAAGACGGCGCUACCACACUCAAGGAAGACGCAGCCAGAGGUGAUGGGAACCCCAAGGAGAGCAGCCCCUUCAUCAACAGCAGCGACCCUGAGAAGAAUCAGCAGUAUGAGGGCAAGAACAUGGCCCUAUUUGAGGAGGAGAUGGACACCAGUCCCAUGGUGUCGUCGCUGCUCAGUAGUCUUGCCAACUACUCCAACCUGACGCAGGGCAGCAAGGAGCAUGAGGAGGCCGAGAACAACGAGGAGGCCCGCAAGAAGCCUGCCGCUCAGGCUCCUCGUAUGGGCACGCUGAUGGGGGUGUACCUGCCCUGCCUGCAGAACAUCCUGGGGGUCAUCCUCUUCCUCAGGAUGACCUGGAUCGUCGGCAUCGGAGGAGUCAUCGAGAGCUUCAUCAUAGUCGCCAUGUGCUGCUCCACAACCAUGCUGACUGCCAUCUCUAUGAGUGCCAUCGCUACCAACGGUGUUGUGCCAGCGGGCGGCUCGUACUACAUGAUCUCCCGCUCACUGGGUCCUGAGUUUGGUGGGGCAGUGGGGAUCUGUUUCUACCUGGGCACCACCUACGCUGGAGCCAUGUACAUCCUGGGCUGCAUCGAGAUCCUGCUGGUGUACAUCGUGCCGCAGGCAGCCAUCUUUAAGAUGGAGGGUCUGGAGGGGGCGGAGGCGGAGGCGGCCAUGUUGAACAACAUGCGUGUGUACGGCACGGUGGUGCUGAGCUUCAUGGCCAUCGUGGUCUUUGUGGGCGUCAAGUACGUCAACAAGCUGGCGCUGGUCUUCCUGGCCUGCGUCAUCCUGUCCAUCAUCGCCGUCUCACGUGGAGUCAUCAAAACCGCCAUCGAUCCGCCCGAGUUCCACGUGAGUGUGGUGUGUGUCCUGGGCAACCGUACUCUGGUGUGGAGGGGCUUCGACGUGUGUGCUAAGGUGGUGGAGCGGGACAACGGUACCGUCACCACUCAGCUGUGGAGGAUGUUCUGCGACUCGGAGCUCCUCAACGCCACCUGCGACGAGUACUUCACCAACAACAACAUCAGCGUCAUCCAGGGAAUCCCAGGCGUCGCCAGUGGAGCCCUGUGGGAGAACCUGUUUGGGAACUACCUGGAGAAGGGCAUGUACAUUGAGAAAUUGGGCGUGCCCAACAUCCCUGAGGCGGAGCCCAGCACCAAGGCCAGCAGCCGCUACGUGCUGGCCGACAUGUCGUCCUUCUUCACCCUGCUGGUGGGGAUCUACUUCCCGUCCGUCACAGGUAUCAUGGCGGGGUCUAACCGGUCAGGUGAUCUGCGUGAUGCUCAGAAGUCCAUCCCCAUUGGCACAAUCCUGGCCAUCACCACCACCUCCAUCAUCUACAUGUCCAGUGUGGUUCUCUUUGGUGCCUGCAUUGAUGGGACAGUGCUGCGGGACAAGUUCGGAGAGGCGGUGAGGGGGAACCUGGUCAUUGGAACGUUGGCGUGGCCAUCACCGUGGGUGAUCGUGUUUGGCUCCUUCUUCUCCACCUGUGGUGCAGGGCUGCAGAGCUUGACCGGCGCCCCGCGUCUGAUGCAGGCCAUCGCCCGGGAUGGCAUUGUGCCCUUCCUUAGGGUGUUUGGUCAUGGGAAGGCUAACGGCGAGCCCACCUGGGCACUGCUCCUGACCGCCUGCAUUUGUGAGAGCGGCAUCCUCAUCGCCUCCCUCGACGCCGUCGCUCCCAUCCUUUCCAUGUUCUUUCUGAUGUGCUACAUGUUUGUGAACUUGGCCUGUGCUUUACAAACUCUACUGAGGACCCCUAACUGGAGACCCCGCUUCAAGUUCUACCAUUGGUUUCUCAGUUUCCGUGGUUCUCUAUGUGUUUCAAAUUUGUUUCUAAGUUCUGGUACUCAUGCCAUCGUUGCCAUGGUGAUCGCCGGCUGUAUCUACAAGUAUAUCGAGUUCCGUGGAGCGGAGAAGGAGUGGGGUGAUGGGAUACGUGGGCUGUCCCUCAGUGCCGCCCGAUUCGCUCUCAUGAGGCUGGAGGAGGGGCCUCCUCACACCAAAAACUGGAGGCCUCAGAUCCUGGUGCUGGUGAGCAUGGACGGGGAGCUUAAUGUGGAGCAGCCACGCCUCCUGUCCCUGACAAAUCAGCUGAAGGCAGGAAAGGGCCUGACCAUCGUUGGCACGGGACUGACGGGCACCUACCUGGACAACUUCGCCCAGGGGCAGCAGGCCGAGCAGGCCCUGCACAAGCUGAUGGAGACGGAGAAGGUGAAGGGCUUCAGCCAGGUGGUGAUCUCCUCCAACUUGCGCGACGCCACCUCCCACCUGCUGCAGGCCGGAGGCCUAGGGGGCAUGAAGCAUAACACCGUGCUGGUCAGCUGGCCCAGGAACUGGAAGCAGGCUGAGGACCACUCCACCUGGAGGAACUUCAUCGAGCUGGUCAGAGAGACCACAGCUGCCAGCCUGGCUUUGAUGGUGCCUAAGAAUAUUGCGGCAUUCCCGUCUAACGGUGAGCGCUUUACUGAGGGCCACAUUGACGUCUGGUGGAUCGUCCACGAUGGAGGCAUGCUGAUGCUCCUGCCCUUCCUCCUCAGGCAGCACAAGGUUUGGAGGAAGUGUAAGAUGCGCAUCUUCACCGUGGCUCAAAUGGACGACAACAGCAUCCAGAUGAAGAAGGACCUGACCACUUUCCUCUACCACCUGCGUAUCGAUGCCCAGGUCGAAGUCGUGGAAAUGCAAGACAGUGACAUCACAGCCUACACAUAUGAGAAGACUCUGGUGAUGGAGCAGCGCUCUCAAAUCCUCAAACAGAUCAAUCUCACCAAGACAGAGAGGGAGCGCGAGAUCCAGAGCAUCACUGACAGCUCCCGCGGGUCUAUCCGCCGGAAGAACCCGGCGACAGUAACCACGCAGCUGAGCGUGACCGAGGAGCAGCCCGGGGGUAGCAAGGAGGAGAAGCCCGAGGAGGAGUCUGUGGCUGUGUCCCCCCCUGCACAGGAGCAGCUCAUCCACGACCAGAGCACCAACCCCCCCACCCCGGCCACCCCCCAGUCCCCCGCCACCGAGAGCGUCGAGACCCCUGGGGAGACCCAGAGGACCUGGACCGACCCCAAAUGCCCCGCCGACGGCGAGCCCGCCAAACCCCCCACUGGCGCCACCCCCGAGGGCAUUAAGGACCUUUUCAGCAUGAAGCCAGAGUGGGAGAACCUGAACCAGUCCAACGUGCGCCGCAUGCACACCGCCUUGCGGCUCAACAACGUCAUUGUGAAGAAGUCCUCGGAGGCCAAGCUGGUCCUGCUCAACAUGCCCGGCCCGCCCAAGAACAGGAGCGGUGACGAGAACUACAUGGAGUUCCUGGAGGUGCUGACUGAGGGACUGAACCGAGUGCUGCUGGUGCGUGGCGGAGGUCGGGAGGUCAUCACCAUCUACUCCUGAGAUGCCUGCCCACCAACACCCCACCCCCGAACCCUCACCUGUCCAAUCAACUCCUUACCCUCUGGCCUCACCCCCUCCCCCAUGUAUUUGAAGUCCACCUCCACCAUGCUCAACUCUGUCACUGUCCACCAAUGCCUGCCCUCUCUGAACUAAUCAUGCUGCAGCUGAAGGUCUGUCAGAUAACUAGGCCCCGCCCAGCCCUCUUUAGACUCCACCCCCAACAGUAAGACCAAUACACUCUCGGAAUAAAAACUUAUCACAGAGCAAUACCCCCACCCCACUCCCCAAAGUAGCUCCUUAAUGGCAGGAUCUUCAAGCAACCCAACCUGCAAAGGACCCCCCAGACAGCAGCCCUAAAAGCCCCCCGGUCACCUGUCCCAGAAGCCCCCAGCUUCGGCCCUCUUUGCAGCUGCCCUCCCCUGUCCCCAUCACUCAGCGCAGAGCACCAGAGACGACGAUGAAGAAGAAGAAGAAAAAGAACAAGCUGCAGAUCUCUGGCUCACUGCCGCCCCCCUGUGGUGUGUUCAGAGCAUGCUCAGUCUAACUGUCGUCCACAGACGUCUGCUCUCAGUGAGUCUGCCACCAGCACGCAUCUGCUGUCCUUGCGUCCGUCUUGCGUCCGUCUUGCGUCCGUCCUCAUCAUUUGUGUUCCACAGUCACGCUGGACAGCUGACAGGGGUGGGGGUAAGAGGAUGAAGGGCCAGGGUAGUUGUUUUGGUUUUCUGCACCUUUUGUUGUCCACAGUGUAUGUCAGUGUGUAAGUGUAUGUGUGUGUGUGUGAGUGUUUGUGUGUGUGUGUGUGUG